CCGGGUUUGCGUCCCGCUCCACCUGUGGGCGAAGGUGGUGGCCAUGGGCGGCCGCAGGCCGGGGGGCGGCCGGACUGAGCCCUGCUGAGCCCGCGGGGCCGGCCAUGGGCGACCGCGAGCGCAACAAGAAGCGGCUGCUGGAGCUGCUGCAGGCGGCGGGCACUGGCAACGCGCACUGCGCCGACUGCGGGGCGGCGGAUCCCGACUGGGCCUCUUACAAGCUGGGCAUCUUCAUCUGUCUGAACUGCUCCGGAGUCCACCGCAACUUUCCAGACAUCAGCAAAGUGAAAUCUGUGAGACUUGACUUCUGGGACGACAGUAUUGUGGAGUUUAUGACCCACAACGGGAACCUCCGAGUGAAGGCGAAGUAUGAAGCCAGAGUUCCUGCUUUCUACUAUAUCCCCCAGGCCAACGACUGCAUGGUCUUAAAGGAACAAUGGAUUCGAGCAAAGUAUGAGAGACAGGAGUUUAUGGCUGAGGGGAAAACAAUCUCACCCCCAGGUAACCGAGAAGGUUUCCUAUGGAAGCGGGGAAGGGACAACGCACAGUUCCUGAAAAGGAGAUUUGUCCUCCUGGCAAGAGAAGGCCUCCUGAAGUACUACACUAAAGAAGAGGGUAAAGAGCCCAAAGCUGUCAUCAGCAUCAAGGACUUGAAUGCCACCUUCCAGACAGAGAAGAUAGGGAACCCCCAUGGGCUGCAGAUCACCUACCGAAGAGAGGGCCACGUCAGGAACCUGUUUGUGUAUCACGAGAGUGGGAAGGAGAUAGUGGACUGGUUCAAUGCCCUCCGUGCAGCCCGUCUCCAAUACCUAAAAAUGGCCUUUCCUGAGCUCCCGGAGCCUGAGCUCGUGCCCCUCAUCACCAGGAACUACCUCAAGCAAGGCUUCAUGGAAAAGACUGGUCCAAAGCAGAGAGAGCCUUUCAAGAAGAGGUGGUUUGCCCUGGAUCCCCAGGAGCGGAGGCUGCUCUAUUACAAGAACCCGCUGGACGCCUUUGAGCAGGGCCAGGUAUUUCUCGGGAGCGAUGAGCAGGGGUACCAGGUGUCUGAAGACCUGCCUAAGGGCAUCCGGGGGAAUCGCUGGAAAGCCGGCAUCACCAUCGUCACCCCGCAGCGGAGAUUCAUCUUCACCUGCCCCAGCGACAAGGAGCAGCGCGAAUGGAUGGAGAGUUUUCGGGAUGUCCUCUCCCGCCCCUUGACGCCCCUCAGCCUCCUCAGUAAGAUGCAGGCCUUGUUCCUUUGGCUGAGGGCGGCAGGCAAGAAGGGGCUUCUUCACUUGGGUUCAGCU